UUUGGAUUCUCUCCGCCCUUCGCCACUCGGAAGCGCAGCAGCAACUGCGACUGCGACUCGACAACUCCCUCCCUCCCUGCCUGCUGUCCUACUCCUCGUCGACUAGCUCACCUGACCGAUACAGAGAGGAGGCGGUUGUUCUCUCGUCUGCUUUGCGCUCGCCAUGACAUCCGUCGUCUUUGAUAUCGCAGCGGUCGUCAUCGCCCUUGGAACGGAUGGCAUGCCUAGCGCAUCCACAUCUUUGAGCAGCGACCAGGCCUUCACGUCGAGCAUCCGGCCCUCGUAUCAGAUUGGCUCGCCAAGCAAUGAAGCGGCCCAGUAUGCGGGCCUUCUCUAUACGCCAACCGUGCCGGCAAGCACUUGUGUUGAAGCAAAACCUUUUAUCGCUCACAACCUAACGCUUUCUAUGCUGCCACAAGUGCCUAAUUACAUUGCCUUCGCUCCGUUUACAGAAUGCUGGCUCAAUUAUCUAUACAAAGCAAUCGCGGACGGAGCACGAGCCGCGAUACUCUAUCAGCCAACCAAUACCUCGAACAUGGGCCUGCCAGCUAACGCAUAUGUUUCUUCGCUGUUGCCAGUCUACAUUCUCAGCUACGAUGCUGGCGCGCCAGUAGCGCAAGCGAUGAAUCAGUAUUCAGGCAAUCUGACGAGCGUUCCUAACGGAGAUCAGCUCGUCACAAUGUUUGAUCCAACUAGCUAUGCCAGACUUUGGCUUGUUGUGACACGAACAGUCUCCAAUCGUACACUACCGAACUUGUGGAUCUUCCUCCUCAUCAUCGUCGGUGUCCUGUGUGUUCUGGUGGGCAUCAUCUCGUUGACUUUGAACAUGCGUCAAUACUUUGCAAGAAGGGACCUUCGGCGCAGAAUCGCAGCCGGUGAAGUUGAUUUGGAGGCACUUGGCAUCAAACGGCUGACUGUUCCACGGAAGCAUAUUGACGGCCUGCCGCAAAAGACCUGGAGAUCUGCAGACAGUGCCGCUGGUGCGGCUGGCUUUGCACAAUCAAGCUGCGCAAUUUGCUUGGAUGACUACGAGGCUGACGUGACGGUCCUACGUGAGCUGCCCUGCCAUCACACUUUCCAUCCGGCGUGCAUCGACCCAUUCUUGGAAAAACGUUCUUCCCUUUGCCCACUAUGCAAGCGAUCAGUCCUGCCAAAGGGCUUCAUCCCGUCAGAUACCCAAUUGACUGCAGCGACCAUCAUGCGCGAGCGUCAACGUCGACGACGGGCUGCACGCGAAGGGCGCGAGACUGGUCGUGUGCAUACGGCCCCGGAGAGUGACGAAAUUGAGCUACAGCCUGUCCACAGUGGCGAAGCAUCCGUCAAUGAGGGAUCUGCCACACGACCUAGUUUGCCGGGACGACCAUCCUAUGUGCAAAUGACCAACCUUGCGCCAGACAAUGAAGAAGAAGCGGCGCAAAUCAGGCGACUGCCUCGUUGGCGACGGGCGCUCAGAACGCUAUUCCCAAGUCAUUAAUGGUAUCUGUAGGCAUAUAUACUUCUAGACGUACACCUGGAGUUAGCACAUGAUGCGAAAAUGCAAAUGCUCUUACGCCGCAUGCAAGUAGAAGGUAGAGUGCACCAAAGCCCCAACACAGACUUGCAGGGAGAGCGACCGCAAGCUUCUUUGGACCAGUGCUGAUGGAAAAUAGCGCAGAGCCAAGUGCAGCGGCAAUCAGCAAAACGGUGGCCACAAGCGCCUGUGCACGCAGAGGAACUGUCGCAUGGUAAGGCUGCCCUUGCGAGAAGAGGUCCUGCAGAUUAGCGCAUCUCCUUCAUAUCAUGCAUGCUUACCUGCAGUGUAGACAUUGACAUGCUCAGGUUUCCGCAGUGGCGCUUGGUCGCGAUGC